UGCUAAAUAUUUCUAGCCAAAUGCUGUCUACACACUUUUGAGAGGAAGUGUUGGACAGUUGUUGCCAUUGAUAAUGAAAUUCCAGAUAAAGAAAUAAAAGCUCAACAGUCAUAAAAUCAAAAAAAAAAAAACACAUACAACUCGCAGUUAGUGAAAAUAAUUAUGUGGAAUAGAAGCAGGAAUAAACAUUUAAAGCUUGUGGAUGUCAUCAUCCAACUAGAUAACACCAUAAAACAGAAGUUGCUAAUUAUUGAGCAUAUAACGAAGACACCAAUAACUUUGAAACUAUGUCAACAUUUGGCCCAGAAUUCGACAAGGUAUGGCCGGAGGCCAGCACAGCUCUACAGCUUACCGAAUUUGGCAAAGAAAUAUUGGAGCAAUGUGCAUCUGUUGAAAAACCACAGCAAAACGUUUUGGACAUAGAAAAAUUCAAAAGAAAGUCAUCCAGAUUUCCCUUGGAGUUUGUCCACAAUCCCUUUAGUAUUACAAACCAACCCAAAGACCGAUAUCCUAAUAUAGAGAAACAAAUUGUUUCAGCCUACCCGCUGAUACACGAAAGAGUGCUACAAUUGUAUUUGGAUUUCUUGGAACAUAAAUGCCUAUAUUGCAAUAAUAAAGAAAAAGAGAUCUAUCAAAAUAUAAGUUUAACCGCUUUCGUGCAAAGGUUGUUGACGAAACGCUGUGCAAGUUUCUUUGGCAAAAAUGACAAAUAUCUUUUGGUAAGCGGCGAACGCGGUUGCAGUAGUUUUAUGGAUGUGGGCACAGCACAUGAAAAAUCUCCAUUGCUUUUGAAAAAUGUCUUAAGUUAUGAUGAAAUCAAGCUUUCAGCAUUUUUAUCAGUGUCCUCCCACUCGGAAUUUCUAAAUAGUGGUAACCGUUACAAUUGCAGGAAAAUUGAGAAACACAAGUAUGCGAUUGAAAGAGAGGGUGUUGUAAUAGGGUUAACUGGACCAAGAUUAACACGGCCAGAAAUUAUGGAUUACCAAGACAUCAUUAUAGCAAAAACCCAAAAUACCAAGGAAAAGGGUUAUGGUUUUGGCUUCGAUGAACAUCCUGACUGCCGUGUGAAGGACUAUCGCCAAUUGUGGAAACGGUUUUAUGAGGAGCCCGACUAUUUACAUGCCAAUGUAAAAAUAGAUAAUAUACGCUUUGGUCCCAGCAAGAAUUCCGAAGAAAUUCUCGAUAGUUUGAUUAUGAAAAAACGCUAUGCUAUAUCAUUUGACACAUUGCUAUUGGAGAGUGAGGCUCGAGCCAAAGAAGCUGGAAAACAGGCCUUUGUCCAUGUAAUGGGCAUAGGGCUGAGUCGUCUAUGGAAAGCCACUGACCAACAGGAAAAGAUUUUUCUAAAGGCCUUUAUACAACGUGUCCAAUAUUUGCUGCCUAAACUGCAGCACAUCGACGUCUUGCAUUUUUCCAUGUUCCAUCUCGGCAAAUGGGAUGAAUUAACAGAUGGAACGGUAAUAGAAUCGCCAACCCAUCCUUCGGGAGGCAUCAAAAUGUUUUUGUCAAAAAGAAAUCCCUCGGAAAAUUUGAAAACCCGAGGAUUUGGCAAUAGGCUUUUGAUAGUAUCAUAUGCAAGUGAUGGAAAUGCUUUGCCAGGAAACGAAUUUUGGAUGGGUUGUUUUAAUACCUCCAGUAACGCUUCGACCGCAUGGAGCACUUUAGUAACUGAAAUUCACAAUCCACACAUCAACACCGAGUGGGUCAAUGGUGACAAUUUACACAUAGCCACCGAAGAAUAUGGAGUGAUGCAUAUAUCGGAAUAUGCCAAGAAAAAAUUGUUACACGUCUAAAGGGAUUUGUUUGCAUUUCAAGUUGACUAUUUAAAGUAGAAAAGCAUAUUCUAAUUCGGAACAAAUUAAACCAACCAAAACCAAACUAAACAGUUAAUUGCCGAAAUCUAACUAAACCCAAAGUUUUAAGACUGAGAUAGGGAUAAUAAAUCUUGAGGUGGAUAAACCUUUUUUCAGUUAUCAAUUCGUAGUAAUACUUUAAUAAAAUAAUCGUAUAUAAAAUAUCAA